CAGCCUCUUUAUCGCUCCUCAAGUCUGCUGAGCUGAUAAACCGUUGAAACAUUGUUAAUAACGGCACAUUAAAAGCUUAGCUAAACGCUCGUUACAAAUAGUUUCACGCAUUUCAGCAUCUGGUUAACUGCUCGGUUUUUAAUACUAAUUUUCCGUACUGCAAAAUGGCUACACGUGCCUUAAUGGUAGUGACUUUAUUAGCCUUUUGUGGUUGUUCACUCACAUUCGCCGCAAAAUCCUGGUGGGAAACCGCCUCGUUCUAUCAGAUUUAUCCACGUUCUUUCAAGGAUAGCGAUGGCGAUGGUGUUGGCGAUCUGAAUGGUGUCACAAAUGUGCUACCAUAUCUGAAGGAGAUUGGCAUUACUGGCGCUUGGUUGUCGCCAUUCCUCAAAUCGCCCAUGGCAGAUUUCGGUUAUGAUGUCUCCAACUUUACAGACGUCGAUCCACUGUUCGGCACAAUGGAGGACUUCGAGCGCUUGCUGGCCAAGGCCAAAGAGUUGGAUAUCAAAAUACUUUUGGACUUUGUACCAAAUCAUUCGAGUGAUGAGUGUGAAUGGUUCAUUAAAUCGGCCGCAAGAGAUCCCGUAUACAAGGACUAUUAUAUGUGGCAUCCAGGUAAGUUGGUGGAUGGUAAACGUCAGCCACCAAACAACUGGGUCAGCCUAUUUUACGGUUCGGCAUGGCAGUGGCAUGAGGAGCGCCAAGAGUACUACCUGCAUCAGUUUGACAAAAAACAACCGGAUUUCAAUUUUCGCAAUCCCGCAGUGCGCGAAGAAAUGAAUAAUGUCUUGCGCUUCUGGUUGAACAAGGGUGUCGAUGGUUUUCGUAUUGAUGCCAUCCACCACGUCUUCGAGAUUGAGGCUGAUGAAGAUGGUAACUAUGCAGACGAGCCCUUGAGUGGUUGGAGUGACGAUCCACUGAAUUACGGCUAUAUUCGCCACAUUUACACGGUUGAUCAGUGGGAGAACCCGCAUCUGGUGUAUGAGUGGCGUCAGGUUUUGGAAGAUUACAAAGCAGAACAUGGCGGCGAUGAGCGUAUUUUGAUGAUCGAGGCCUGGUCAUCCUUAGAUAUCAUGAUGCAAUACUACGGUAAUGAGACCGCAGAAGGUGGUCAAAUACCCUUCAACUUCCAAUUGAUUUCUUAUUUGUACACGGACUCCAAUGCACAUCUUUAUUCCGAAGUGAUCAACAGAUGGUUCCAAUACAUGCCGACUGGUAGAACACCUAACUGGGUGAUCGGUAAUCACGACAAAAGUCGUGUGGCUACGCGCUUUGGUGCCGAACGCAUUGACCUCUUCAAUAUACUCUUGCUCACAUUGCCGGGUUGCAGUAUCACCUACUAUGGCGACGAGAUCGGCAUGACUGACGUUUGGAUAUCCUGGGAGGAGACCGUCGACCCACAGGCGUGCAACAAUGCGCAGGAAGGUUAUGAAUGGCGUUCACGCGAUCCGGCACGAACACCCCACCAGUGGAGCGAUACUGCGAAUGCUGGUUUUACCACGGGCCAAAAAACAUGGCUACCUAUCGCGGAAGACUACAAGCUCGUUAAUGUAAAACGGCAGCGCAGUGUGGCUUUGAGUCAUUUAAACGUCUUCAAAAAUCUACAACAGCUAAGAAAGACGGCAACCUUACAGGAUGGUGAGACAGAGGUUAAAGCGUUGAAUGACUAUGUCUUAGCCGUCAAGCGCUCACUGCGUGAAAAUUACACAUACAUAACGCUGCUCAACAUUUUUGAUCACAUUGAAAAUUUCAACCUGCAUGAACACUUCGCUGACCUGCCGACGGAAUUCGAAUACGUCUUGAUAACCGAUCGCUCUAUCAGGAGAAAGGGCGAUAAGACUCCCACCAGCAGCGUCACGCUUAUGCCACACGAGUCCAUUGUGUUGAGAUCCAGCGUUCGAGUUUAACAAGCUUUUGAGUGUUUAGAUGGGGGCCGUAAAAGUGUUAGGCCGUACUCAAGUAUUCAGUCAGCUCAUAUAUAUUAUGAUGAUAUUAAAUAUUAAGUUAAUAUUUUUAUUGUUUUGAUACAAAUUAUAAAGUGUUUUUACUGGCGGCAUGGGCCUCUUCAGUUUUGAAAACAAAAAAAGUAACGUCAAGAGAAUACGU